UUUGUAUUGCGACGGAGUUGUUGUGUUUAUUAGUGAUGAUAAAAAAUUGAUACAACAUUUCGCUGAAUAUAAAACACUAUGUUUUGCAAUCAACUUUAGUAUUUUUCGAUACUAUCGAACAAUAACUAAUACUCUUUCGUAUUUUGUGCUGUGUUUUUAAUUGAAAUCAAUAAAAAUGAGGCUGGCGGGCACGAUUUUUAGCAAUGUGACGAAGAUGUUGGACUUUUAUUCACAAUUUAAUCCAUCGCCGCUCUCAAUAAAGCAGUUUAUAGAUUUUGGUUUAAACGCUUGCGAGCGGAAGUCCUACCUUUUCCUCAGGAAGGAGCUACCAGUGAGAUUAGCGAACAUAAUGAAAGAGAUAGCACUAUUACCCGCCAAUUUACUGCGGAUGCCGUCAGUGGGUCUCGUCAACCAAUGGUACGAGCGGUCCUUCGAGGAGAUCAUUGAGUUUGAGAAGAUGGAGCCGGAGCAGCCAGUGUUGAGCUCGUUUUGCGAGCGCCUAAUCCACAUACGCAACCGCCACGCGGACGUUGUACAAACGAUGGCGCAAGGCGUGCUCGAACUGAAGGAAUCGCAUGAAGUGGACCCAGGGAUCGAGAGCUCGAUACAGUACUUCCUUGAUCGGUUCUAUAUGAGCAGGAUAUCUAUACGGAUGCUGAUCAACCAGCACACAUUACUCUUCGGCGAACAGAUCGGUUCAAAACAAGCCUCAGUGAACGGUAUGGGCAAUGGAGGUCGUCACAUCGGCUCCAUAGACCCGGCAUGUGACGUCGCAGCGGUAGUACGGGACGCGUACGAGAACGCAAGGUUCCUCUGCGAUAGAUACUAUCUGGCGUCGCCUGAACUGGAGCUAUUGCAGAAUGGUGUGCCAAGCGAACGUCCAAUGCCUAUAAUCUACGUACCAUCCCAUCUCUAUCACAUGCUGUUCGAGCUAUUCAAGAAUGCGAUGAGAGCAGUCAUGGAGACAUACGAGAAUUCCCCGCCACCGGUCACUGUCAACAUUGUACAGGGGAAGGAGGAUAUAUCGGUCAAAAUGUCAGACCGCGGCGGUGGUAUCCCCCGCAGCGUGACAGACCUUCUGUUCAAGUACAUGUACAGUACGGCGCCGCAACCUUCCAAGUCUGAUUCCCAUACCGUUCCGCUGGCUGGUUACGGCUACGGUCUGCCAAUUUCGCGGUUAUACGCGCGUUAUUUCCACGGCGAUCUCGUGUUGAUGUCCUGCGAAGGGUUCGGCACGGAUGCCGUUAUUUAUUUGAAGGCGUUAUCAAACGAAGCGAACGAACUGCUCCCGAUAUUCAACCGAACAUCGAGCAAGUUCUACCGCUCGGGGCCGGUGCUGGCGGACUGGUCGGCGCCCGUACCUCGCCCGUCCCUCUCGCACUCGGCGUAGCGCUGCGGGAGCGAGCGGGACGGCGAUAGUGGCCAGUGACGGUAGUUUUUGGUGAAGCAUAUCCCGCUGGCAUACCUUAUAGUUGUAGCAGUCUCUACGUAUUUUUGUAUAGAAUCGUCGUAAAAGAAUAUGACCUUGUUUAGAUAUAUAUAUUAAAUACAUACAUACAUACAUAUAAUAAAAUGGGAACUAGUACAUAAUCUAUUCCGUAUAUAGCGUAGUUAUUUCACACGAAAUAUUAGUUACACACGCACGGAUAGAUGUAGUUACUCCCCUACACAUUUUGACUAAAAAGUGAGAGAUUGUAUUACGAAUAAAUGUAGUAAAUUUAUUAUGGGACUAAAUACAUAUGCUGUCAAAGCUAGAUGUAUGUAGACCCUAAAGGUUAGUGCACACAGACAAGUUUAAAAAUUAUUAAUAAGGAUAUUGUAUUCAUCUAUUUUAGAACAUUUUUCACACACAAAUUUUACAAUGCAAAAUAUUCGUACUUUGAAUUUUCUAUAAUAAUUAUCUUUGUAAUGUGUGCACUAACCUUAAUAACUUAUUUUG